AUGAAUAUUAUAUUAAUCAAGUACAAAACAGAACGCCUAAUGAAAGAUUGGAACUCACCAGUUUACGCGUUUUUUGAUCCGACACCGCAGAUUAUCGAAAUUAAUGGCCGCCGCGCUCAUGAUUUCAAGUGCCAAGCCAACAGGUGCAAGACCAAAGUGUGGCGGUACCUUGACAAAGGUGAUGCCCGCUCGACUGGUAACAUGCGGAAGCACGUGCGUUCGUGCUGGGGUGACGAAGUGUUGAAAGCUGCUGAUCAGGCCAAGGAUGCCAAUGAGGUGCGCCAAGAGAUUGUUGGUAGUUUCCUGCAAAACAGAUCAAUCACUGCAUCAUUUGAACGCAAAGGGAAAGGGAAAGUUACAUACUUGCACCAUCAACAUACACCAUCUGCCUUCAGGGCCGAAAUUGUGCGCUGGGUGUCCGAGAGCCUGCAUCCAUUUGACAUUGUCAAGGACCGUGCGUUUCAGUCACUGAUGAAGACGGGGAGGCCCAAAUACUACAUACCUUCCCCAUCCACUGUUUCGCGUGAUGUGCGGCAUGUCUUUGUGCGAACUCGACAGCAUGUUGCUACAAUGCUACAGGAAUAUGACGGCAAAAUUAAUUUUACCACUGAUGGUUGGUCAUCGCCCAACCAUCGUGCAUUGGUCGCGUUUUCGGCCCAUUUCGAGCAUGAGGGGGAGCCGCUAAGCAUACCAUUAGACGUGGUUGAAGUCACGAAGGUAAAAACUUACCUAUCUAGUUGUGAAGAAACAAGGAGCCGACCAAGUUGA